CGCGAGGCGCAGUGAGAUUCAAGCCAUGUCUUAAAGAACGAGAUGUUCUUGUCUGAACUCUUUUUUCUCUUCUCACAUUAACAAUAAUCUUCCCUUUAUCAAUUCUCUAUUGCUUUGUACUUUGAUCUCGCGACUAUGGAUCAGAUUGUAUCGUUCCUGCUCGAGCGAGCGGAUAAUGUCCACCACGACUGCACCAAGGAGACUUGCACGGUCAAGGAGUCGGUGUAUGGGUAUUAUCCGUCUAAGCCCGUCAACCUUAUCCUCGUUAUCGUUUUUGGCCUGUCGUUGAUUGCGCAUCUGUACCAAGGCGCCAGAUCGAGAGCUUGGACUUUCAUGGUUGCUCUGGUUGUUGGAACGAUGACUGAAGUUAUUGGAUAUAUUGGUCGAUUACUUAUGCGCAAUGAUCCCUUUAGCAAGGCAUAUCUCGGUAUACAAUUAGUUUGUUUGACUGUGGCGCCUGCAUUCAUCGCUGGAGGAAUAUAUCUUACCUUGAAGCAUAUUAUCAUCGUUUAUGGAGCUCAGUUCUCACGCAUUAAACCAACAUGGUAUACGAGGAUUUUCAUCUUCUGCGAUGUAAUGGGCAUCCUCAUCCAAACCGCCGGAGCAGCAAUGGCAGCGGGUGGAGGCAACAGCGUCACCAUCGGCAACGACGUGAUGAUGGUCGGCCUCGUCUCCCAAGUCGUCACCCUGGCAAUCUUCGGCCUCAUGGCCGUCGACGUCUUCUUCCGUGUCCGUCGCCACAGAGGCCAAUUCGCCCCAUCGGCCGAAGCUCUGCGAGCCUCGAAACAGUUCAAGGGCUUCCUGAUCGCUGUCGGGGUUGCGUACUGUACCAUCUUCAUCCGAUGCGUGUAUAGAAUCGCUGAGAUGGCGGGAGGGUGGAGUAAUCCGAUUAUGCAGGAUCAGAUUGCGUUUAUUAUAUUGGAUGGUGCGAUGUGUGUUGUUGCAGUGGUUGCUUUAAAUGUUUUUCAUCCGGGGUUCUUGUUUAGGCAGUCUUAUGCUACGAUUAAGGCGGAGAAGAUGCAGAGUGAGAAUAUGGUGAUGGCGUGAAGGGGAUUUGUUUGGAGGGUUAAUGGAUCGAAUGGAUGAGAGGGUAAUUUGCAGGAUGUAGGGACUUGGGAUCAAGUAUAUGUUUCGUGCAGAAGAAAGAUUUUGUGGGUCGUGAUGCUAAGGCAUGUCUGGAAGAUCAGAAAUAGAACACACUUGUCUGUAUCUUGUUUGUUCCCCUAUGUUAAGUUAUAG